AUGUCCAAAGAUUUAUCUGUAUUGUAUAAUCAUUUUGCUGAAGCUUAUAAUUUAGAAAAAUCUUAUGAUGUUUCUGCAAUCUAUAAUUGGGAAAAAAUUACUUCAAAUUCCCCAUGUACUAUGUUCAAUACGUGUCCAAAUAUGAGAUACUUCAACGGGUCAACUGGUGAAUCAUGUCAUAUUUUACCUGAAAACUGGGUAAAUCUUGAGAAGUUGGAAGAUUUCACUAUUUAUUGGAUACUCAAUGAUGAGUUGGCACUUAAUAUUGUAAAGUAUUGCAAGAAUCUAAAAAACUUAAAUAUACAACAUGCAACUGAGAAGGAUAUUUUGGCAAAAUUAACAGAGUUAGAAAAUCUUGAACGUUUAUUAUAUCCGUUAUCUGAAAUCAGUAUUGAAUCAGUAAAUGCAAUUGUAACCAAUUGUAAAAAACUCAAACAUCUGAGUACAAAAUGGUGUGAAGAUCGUGGUUAUGAUCAUUAUUUUGAUCAUAAUGAUUUGGAAGAUGGUGUUGGUGACUUUAAUUUUGAUGUCGUCGAAUAUUAUAAUGCUAUGAAUGAUAACACUGAUGAUGAUAGUGAUGAUCGAGUUCUUUCUGCUAGUGUUUUUGAUAAGUUAUCAAAAUUGGAAUACCUUGAAUAUUUAAAUGUGGAAUAUGUGAAAAACUUUCGAGACAGUAGUCUUAUUGCUAUUGCCAAGAAAUGUAAAAAUCUCGAGUAUUUGAACAUAAAUAAUUGCAAAUAUAUCACUGAAAAAGGUUUAAAAUUUGUAACCAAAAUAAAAUCAUUACGAAGAUUAGAUGUUAGCUAUCUCGAAUGUGUUACAGACAGUUUUCUGGGAAAAUUAAAAAGAUUAAAUCUCUUAGACUGUGGCGAUUGUCAAAACGUUACUGAUGUUGGUAUUAUUCAAUUCAUAAAAAAUUGUCCAGAUCUUGAACAUCUUUUUCUCCAAUUCAGUCGUAUGACAAUUAAAACUAUUAUUGCUGCCGACCAGCUUCCAGGUACUGAUCGUUUAUCAAGAUUGAUGAAUGUUGGUAAAUACAUUCCUUCUGAUUUAUCACCAGAAUGUCGUCAAAAAAGACGUCACAAUGAUUAUGGUGAAAAUAAAAAAAAACCAGAGAAGAAAUUUUGUCUUAAUUUCCAAAAAAUACCUGUUGAAUUGAUCAAAAGUGAAACAAUUGAUAAAGACGACCAGGUUGAAAAAGUUAUUGGUUCUAUUCAAACAAAAAAAUCUAAAGAUGACUGUUAA